GCAAAAUGACGGCGACCGACGACGACAUCAACAAGCUCUUACGCCAGCUGCAGCGCUUGCCGGCGGUGCAAGAGCCGCUGGUGCGUGGCCUCGACGGCCGCGCGCGCAUUGACGGCGUCGCGUCACCAAUCGACCUCGCGCGGGACACGAAGGCGAUCCUCGCGGCGCAUCCCUCCGGCCACGUGCAUGCAUCGAACGUUCACUUUCUCAACGACGUGCACCUCGACGCCCGGAACGAAGCCGUCAUUCGCGAUGCCAUCGAGGUAGCCAUGGCGCCGGAAGGUCCAUAUCGCAUCCAGCUCUCGCACGUCGUCCUCCAUCACAGCGCCAGCCUCCCGUCGAUGCCUGCCCGGCCAUCGGGCUCGUUCGGCACGUUGGUGGUCUUCUACGCGUCGACGGCGGUUGGCGGCGACAUGACGGCGUCCCUGGACGGCGCUUCAGUGCACUGUCCAUCGCCACACGUGGCAUUUCUUGCGUUCGACAACGGCUGCGACGUCGCGGUGGCGCCGAUCACGAAAGGCGCCCGCGCGAUGCUGGUCUUCGACCUCAUCUAUCGCGAUGCAACCGCCAAGGCAACGCCACCGAGUGUUGCCUCCUUGCUGACGGCGGCGCAGGUCGCGGCCACGCGAAAGCGCCAAAAGACCACGCUGCGAGCCCAGGUGCUGCGGCGGCACUUCAUGCAGCUGACCACGGAGACCCUGGAGGCCUCGGAAAACCUGUUGGUGGAGCGCCUUGCGCGUACCGGCUGCUGGGACGUUGCGCUUGCCCUCGUCGAGACGCGGCAGCGCGCGCAUGCCAACCGACACGUACACUACAUAUCGCGUGUGGAAGCGGAACGCAUGUAUACGCUUUGGGCCCAUGGCGGCGAGGAAGAUGACAACGGGGAAGACCGUGAUGAGGAGGACGAAGACGACGACGACGACGAUGAUGGCGACCACGACGACCGGCCGGUGGAUUGCAUCACCGCCUGUAUCAUGAUUGCAUCCAAUGCCCUGCCGCCCGUCUUCACACAUGUGCUCGACAACAAGCCGCUCUUGUCGUAUGUAGACGACAUCAACCUGUCGAUCAGUAAGCUCUGCCUCGUCUUUUGGCCCAAGCAGCAUCGUCUCCGGCUGCUCGGCUUUCGCGCGUCGCUGCGACAGCUCGAUGCCCUCGUCAUUGGCGCGUCCACGGACCUCUACGGCUAUGCGUCGAUUCACGCGUUUGCCGACGCGGUGGUCGACAUGGUCGACUCGGAUGUCUCUAGUCUCUCGGACAACGCCGAUGUCCCAGACGCCGCGCGUCUCGGGCGCGUGCUCCUGGCGCUUGGCGACGUGCCCUUGCUGCAAGCGUUGGUCGCAACGAUCCACUUGCGCGAUACCGACGCGCCUUUGCAAGCGCUGCUCGUGACGAUGCUGCGUCAUUACGGGUGGCCGACGUUUGAUGCAUCGAUUAUAACGCUCUUGCGUCGCCCUACGUCGGAGCUAUUGCACGUGAGGCAUGGCGCUGGCCUCGUCGCCGCGUGCCUUCCGCUGAAGCAGCCGUACAUGCGCGAGUUCCUCGUGGCUGCCUACCACGCGCUGCUCCAGCAGCUGAGUACGUUUGAAAAUGCGCCUUGCUCGAGCGCCGCGGCGACCCCGCUGCUGCGCGACAUGUUGCUCAUCGAAGCCCAUUUGAACCGGACGCGGGACGACGACCAGGAAAGCAUGUACCUCGGCGCGCGGCUGCCCCUUGGCGUCGUCCACCACAUCUCGUCGUUUCUCUGCCCCGGUGCGCUGGCCGAUAUGGUCUGCCACCGCCUCCCGCCAUGGGUAUUUGACCCGAUCCGCGUCCUUGCACCUGGCAUUCGCGGGCUUCGGAACGCGUCGGUGUACCGUGCCGUCAUUGACGACGCCGUCAAGCGCGUGCUGCAGAUCUCCGCCCGCCACGAUGACACGAACGAAGGCUGGGCAGACGUGCUGGCGCUGCACCUGGAGGCGGCCACCGUCGACGACGACGAUCUUUGUACUCGGUUCUUUGCCACGUGCCGUCCGGCGAUCGGGAUCGAAACCAUCCACAGCCUCGCGACGCAGUGCCCCGACACAGUAGCGCCGCGAGCGGUGCGGACCUCCCUGGUUCGCUACCUCGUACCCGCGGUCACGGCGCUCGUCACGGACAAUGACGAUAGCGAUGGCAUGGUGACGCUGGUCUCCAAGGCGUGGGCCGUGCUGGAAGCGUUCGACCAAACGGAUGCCGGCUUACCGAUCGUGCGCGCGGUGCAUGAGCGCUGGAGAGCUCUUGAGACCCGCACCAAGAAGGUGGCUUUCACGUCCCAUGUCAUGCAAGAGUGGUUUCCUGUCGUGGUGACGCACCCUCACGUCUUGCGCCCGCUGCUGGGCUCGAUGCUGCCCGUGCUCGAGGCAUACAUGACGACACGCCGGCGCCCAACGCCGCUAGAGUGGGCUCUGCCAUCCGUCUACUUUGCGUGCGACUGCGAGCAAUGCACGGCGGCCCAGAGCUUUGUCGCCGACGCCACUCGCGGCAUCUUCUCGCUGCAUCGUCGUUCGCUCUGUAUGCACCUACUCGCCCGCGUGCAGCUGCCCAGCAGACGCCGCCCCUUUCCCGACCUCGCGGUGCGCAUGGACGACGAAGGCGUCAUUGAGCUCUGCAAAGCCGGUGCGAAGAAGCUCCGCCGCUACGAACGGCUGUGUAGCGACGUCGAUCGCAUGCGGGCCGCGCUGCAAGACGAGCAUCACGAGCCCUUGUCCAAGCGUCGACGCCAUGACGACGGGAGCGCUGCGUAGAAAGGCUCGACUGCUCUGAGCGGCGAUUCUCGUGUGGAUGUAAACCUGAGAGUCAACUCGUCUAUACAUCGACGAGUCACUGGCGAGGGCUAGGUCUAUGGAAUGCCCUACAGAAAGAAAGAAACGAGUCGGAAGGCUCG